AUGAAGCUUUUCGUAACUGGAGCCACUGGCUACAUCGGUGGUGAUGCGCUUUAUGCCAUUGUCAAAGCUCAUCCCGAGUACGAGAUCACAGCGCUAGUUCGCAACAGUGACAAAGGUGCCCAAGUCGCAGUCGAGUACCCAAAAGUGAAGCUAGUCUAUGGCAAUUUGGACUCCUCCGAUCUUCUAGAAGAAGAAUCAAAGAAGGCAGAUGUCGUAUGCCACUGGGCAGACGCGGACCAUGAAGUGUCUGCCAAAGCCAUCAUCAAAGGUCUCUCGACUAGAGAAUCCGAGACACCAGGAUUCUUGAUUCAUACAUCCGGAACUGGCAUUCUCAUGUACACAGAUCUCGACCAGCGAAUGUACGGUGAAGACGCCAAUAAGAUCCAUGAUGACUGGGAUAACGUCCAGGAGAUGAUCACCGGCAUUCCGGACCAUGCACCUCACAGGAACGUUGAUAAGAUAGUUCAAUCGGUGCGCGAUGGACACACCGUUAAGAGUGCCAUCGUCUGUCCUCCGUGUAUCUACGGAGCUGGCAGAGGCCCGGGUAACCAGACCAGCGUUCAAGUGCCCGUGCUUGCAAGAGGCACCUUACAACAAGGUCAUGGCAUCCAAGUUGGUGCUGGCAAGACCUUCUGGACUCAGAUUCACGUUCACGACUUGUCAGAUCUCUAUCUCAAGCUUGUGGAAGCAGCUUCGAACGGCGGUGGAUCUGCUACCUGGAACGAUGAAGGCUACUACUUCUGCGAAGCAGGGGACCUCGUAUGGGGAGAUGUAGCUCGUCAAGUAGCCAGAUCUGCUCACAAGCAAGGCUUCAUCAAGGACGAUCAGGUCAAAGAGUGUUCACCUGACGAAGUAAAAAAGAUUCAUCCCUUCGGAGCUGCAUUGUGGGGAUGCAAUUCUAGAUGUCGUGCUAUAAGAGCCGGGAAGCUGCUGGGGUGGAAGGCUUCCUCUCCUAGUCUGAAGGAGGAAAUUGAUGCCACUAUCUUGGCCGAAGCAAAGAAACUGGACUUGGUUGUUGGCCAUGCUAAGGUUGCUGCUGGAGAAGCAUAA